AUGGCAACGAGCUCCGCCUCGGACAUCGAUAUGGUCAUCGACAAAACAAGAAGGACCCCGUUUACAAACAGAAUCGCCAGCGUAAGACUACAUCACAUGGGAAAAUUAAAAUUCCUCGAGUACGCCGGAAGCACAGACCCAAAAGCCCAUGUGCGAGCCUUUCGUCUAGCGAUAUCGAGAGCGCACCUCACUGAAGACGAAAAAGAAGCUGGGUACUGCUGUUUCUUCGCCGAAAAUCUCACUGGAGCCGCACUAGAAUCUUUCGCCAGACUAGAAGAAAAUUCUAUCGACAACUUCACCCAGUUGGUAUCAACAUUCCUGAAAAAAUACUCAGUCUUCAUAGAGACCAAAGUUACCGAAGCAGACCUUUGGAACCUCAAACAAGCACCUUUCGAACCAUUAAGAGCGUACAUAAACAAGUUCCGAGAGAUCAAGGCCAAAAUUUUGCACCCAAACGAAGCCGUCGCCUUAGCAGCAUUAAAGAAUGGAGUUUGGUUCUCAUCCAAAUUUAGGGAAGAACUGGCGGUUCGAACACGUAUCUCACUGGACGACGCCUUACAGAGAGCCUCGUACUUCACCAGCCACGAGGAGGAACUCGCAGCAUUAAAGGAACAAUACAGUGCAAACAAGAAUAAUGCAAUCAAAAAUCCGGCGACCCCCAAAGAACCAACCACCAAGGGACAACACUCCUACUCAAUAAAUAACUGGCUGCAGAAAUCAUCGACAUACGACCUCAGCAAAUAUUGCACCUUCCAUGACCGCAAGGGCCACUCAACCGAGGAAUGUCGGGCUGCACUUCGUAAUCAAAACAAAAAUAAGAAAACUAACGAAGAAGCAGGAGAAAAAGAGGAACCACUAACUCCGAAAUCUAACCAAAAAACCAAGGUCCCAACGAACAAAAGAGGUAGGGAGAUCGAGCAGGAAUCACCAAGCUCUCCACCUCCGGCUCCGAAGAAAAGGGUCGACAUUAUUUCAUGGGGGCAGAACAGUAAAGCAACCGAUGAAAUCAAGAGCCAAACCGAAGGAAAAAUCCGUUUCGAGAUCGCGGUAGCAAUCCGCACACUAGAAAAAACCGACGAGGACACCCCUCCUUCCCAGGUCAUGAAGUACAACCAAAACACAAGACCUCCUAGCAUGAGAUUUUUCAACUUCAAGCGAAAGCAUUAA